AUGUCUAUUCCACCCUUACCUUUCAAGGUUAAGACCAAUAUCUCAUGGGCUGGUGAAGAGGAUGGAGACUUAGGUUUCAUCGAAAAUGAAAUUGUUGAAGUGUACUCAGUCGUCGAUGACAGUUGGUGGAAUGGGAAAUUGAGAAGAAACGGUGCAGAAGGUAUAUUUCCUAAAGCUUACGUGGAGAUCAUCGAGGAAAAACUGGGACAUAAUUCGUCUUCUACAUCUCUUGUUAAUACACCUACGAAACAACAUACUCCAGUGAAGCAGAGAACACCAGUUCAUGAUCAUGAUUACGACGCAAGGUACAGAUCAAGCAAAUAUAACACUCCUGUUAAAACCAAUCAUUCUGCAAGGUAUCUGCCAAGCAGAUCUCAAUGUGUUACCAAAGCAGACAUGUCGUAUGACUAUGACGACGAAACUAACUAUCGUUAUAACAAUAGUUACGAUACGAUUGAGUUUGGUAAUGGAACCCCAAGGAGUAGUAAUCCUAGAAAAAGCAGAUCGUCUUCGAAAUUGAUGUCGUAUACAAAUCACCCAAAGAAUAAACACAUGCAUUCUAGUCACUCUCAAGAAGAUUUAGUUUUGCAGAGAGAAAAAGAAAUAGAAAAGUUCAAAAUAUUGCAGCAACAACAACAUUAUCAUAUAAAGAAAAUUCAACAAUUGGAACUGCAAGACAACUAUAGGAACUCAAUUGCAAUCUCUCCAGAGGUUUAUCACACGUCACCAACAUCGAAGCCUAGAGUCAAGCAAUUCAAACCCAGACCGCAAUCGCAAGUUUUCCAAACUCCUGUUCCUGGUAUUCCUCGUGGUAACUACUCUAGUCUGGCGUUGCCAAAUAAAGUAAGUCCGCAGCAUGAUAGCUUUACGUCUCCGAAAAAUAGUAAGAAUAAUCUUCAAUUAUUCAAUAAUCAUACAAUUGAAAGUUUUUCGCCAGAGGUGUCUCCAAAGCCGCAAAAAUAUGUUCAAAGUAAGCAUGUUGAAGAUUACUAUGAAACACCUCAAAAGGCUCAAAUUCCGGUUGAAGACGAUUACGAUGAAAUCGCAUAUAAGAGACAACAGUUGGAAUUAGAAUUACAACAAAUAAAGGAUUUGGAAAGGGCUAAACAGCAGCAGAAGAAGAAAAUUCCUUAUUCAGGUAUGAAAUCUUCUCCGAAUCGCUCAAAAGCAAUACAAGGAGACGGGCUUAAUAACGAUUCGAUGGCUUCUAGCUAUAUUAGCGAAGAUUUGUUAUCAUCAAAGAAAAAUUAUCAAUCUAAGGAUGACUUAAGUAGAAAACUAACAAAUUUUAAUACUGAUGAAUGUUUGGCAGAUGAAUAUGACGAUGACGAUGACGAUGACGAUGACGAUGAAGAAUACGGAUCUCCACCGCCUCCACCUCCUCCCAAAUAUGUUAAAGCAAGAAAACCAGUUCAAGAAUCUUACCAUAUUCCUCAACCGAAUGGUGAAAGAGAUAUGCAACAAAGUCAGCUGAGAGAUAAUUAUGUCAGAAAUGUUCCUUACGAUGCAGAUGAUUUUAAGUUUUCUGGAAACAGCCAAAACAGAAUUCACUUAAACGACGAGGAUAUGCUCAGGUUAUCGCAAUUGCAGCAUGAAGAGUUAAAAAACUCGACCAAAUCUUUACAAAGUGAUGUAUUGAACUUAUCCGAAUUAAGUGCUACCAGUGCUGGGUCUUUUAUUAGACAUAAAUACGAUAAAGAAUUGAGAUAUCAACAAGAGUUGAAAAUGAAGAAUUUAUCUAUCAAUGAUAAUAACGAAGAAAAUAAUGUCGAGCUUAAUGGAGAAUUGAAAGAUAUAAAUAACAAACAACUAAUGGACUCUAUUUUUCAAGAUAAAAAGUCAAGGCAUCCAAACAUUUUCAAAAAAUUCUUACAAAAGCGAAAGGAAGACGAGACCUUGAAUCCUAUUGAACAGAAGUUUCAAAAUGAAGAAUCGAUUGAUUGGGCAACUUUGAAAAUGGAUUUGAAUAGAAUGAAUUCGUUGACUUCUCAGGAUAAGCAAUCAAGAACUAGAAGAAUCGUCAGAGAAGAAGGAUCUUUAAUCGUUAAACCACUAGAUUAUAUUUCUGAAAUUAAUACAAACGAAACAAUCGGUGACCUUGAUGCUCCAUCCAGCUUCGACGUUUCUGAUAUUCCCUUUAAAAAGAUUGAGUCCUUUAUAGAAAAAUAUGAAAUGUCAACCGACCUCAACGAAUUAAUAUCUGAUAUUAGUGUUAAAUUCAAUUCAUCGAAGCUCAAUCAAGUUAGGUGCUUAUUACUUCACUUAUGUAAAUUUCAUAUUAUUGAAGAGGCUGGUAAAAUUCUGCAAAUUAAACCCAAGUUAAACGAAAUCUUGUACAAAGGUGAAGCUUCAAUUUACCAAUUAAACUACUUAUUCAAAAAGCUUCUUGAUGCUUUACGAAUCCCAUCUGAAAUUGUGUUAGGUUUUUGGAAAAAGCCUAAUGAAUUUUAUCAUAAUGAACAAUACGUCGUUAAUCAUUGUUGGUUAUCAAUUUUGAUUGAUAAUCAAUUUCAUAUCAUAGAUAUUUAUUGUUUCCAAAAUGGGUCCGUCUGUAAUAUUCGUGACCAUGGAAAUGGGUAUAACGAGUACUACUUUAUGACUGAACCAUUAAACCUAGUAUCGACCCACAUACCUUCUAUUAUUGAUUUGCAACAUGUGGUACCUCCGAUUGACCAAAGUAUUGCAUUUUACUUGCCAAGGAAUUAUUCCGGUUUUUACAAGAAUAGAUUAAGUUAUAGGAACUUUAAUAAUGCUUUGACAAGACUAAAGGAUUUAGAAUUCUUUGAGUUAGAGUUAGAAAUUCCAUCUGAUAUUGAACUUUUCACCUUGGUUAAGACUGCAAAAGUUACAACCAACGAGUUAAGUUUAUGUCAGAUAUUCUGGUCUAAUAAUAAGAGAAUUGCUAAAAUCAAGGCAAUUCUUCCAGAAAAAGAAUCAAUCGGUGUGUUGCAAAUAUUCGCUGGCACAAAAGGUUUGCAAAAGCAUUUUGAUAAUGUCCAUGAAUUGGCCAUUGUUAUUCCAUUAUAUCACACAGGCAUUUAUAAGUCAUGCAAAUUUGUGCCAAGAUAUCCUACUGUUCAGAGCCAGAAUAACGAUCUAUAUAUUAAACAACCUCAAACAAGCAAAAUUGUUGUUAAGAAUGCGUAUAAUUUCGAAAUUUGGCAAUAUCCAUCAACAGGAAUUAAUACUCUUAGUGGCUUGGUAAACCAAGAUUUUAAGAUUGUAAUUGAGUCUCCUUCUGGCAAAUACUUUAAGUUAACCAAAUCUGAUCCUACCAAACCAUUUGGAGCUUAUGAAAGCAAUAUCAAAUGUCAAGAAGUUGGUCUAUACAGGGGUCUAGUUAUAGGUGAUAGUGGGAACAGCUGGUAUGUCUUUGCCCAAUGGGAUUGUGUGAUGGGCACUGUAACUAAUUGA